CAUCUAUCUGUGUGUUAUUAGACACGUUAAUAUGGAUGGAAAAGCAAGUGACCCCUUUAGCAGUGAGGCAGAACAGCUUCCUGGGACAGGAGUAGUGGGGAGGCUUUGGCUGCCCAAAGGUCUGUCUGGUAGUGUGAUUAAGGAUUGGGUUGACCGCAGGCGGAAGUCCAUCCGUCCGUGGGCCAGCUUUGUAGACCAGCGCAAGUUCUCCAAACCUCGUAAUUUUGGGGAGCUGUGCCAGCGUGUGGUGAGGAACCUGAACACCUAUCACAGCAACUACACCUUCAUCUUCCUGGGACUCAUCCUCUACUGCAUUAUCAGUUCCCCGAUGCUCUUUAUUGCUUUGGGAGUGUUUGCUGGUGCCUUCUUUAUAAUCCACUUGAAAACACUGGAAAAGAAGCUGGUUGUUUUUGGUCGUGAGUUGACUCAGGGACACCAGUUAGGUUUAGCAGGAGGGGUUUCCUUCCCUGUGUUCUGGCUCGCAGGGGCAGGAUCUGCUGUGUUCUGGGUACUAGGUGCUACGCUAGCUGUUAUCGGGUCUCAUGCAGCCUUUCAUGAGAUGGAGUCGUCUGACGUGGAUGAGCUGCUCAUGGAAUCUGUUUAACCUUCUCACCUUUGACCUUUUUGCUCAUGUUAACGGGAAAUGUCUUGCCUCGUCAUGUACAUGGCCACAUAUUGGUUGUACUAAUUUGAUAGUUUACUCACAGAUUGGCCAGCAAAAAAGUAAAGACUGUUAAAUUGACAUCACCCAAGAUAGAUCAAGCACAUUAAAAGACCUCAAAUGCCUUUACUGGUACCUAUUGGAUAUCAUGAUCAUUUGUUACAUUAUUUAUUUCCAAAAUAUCCUCAAAGCACAAACUAAAUGCACUGUGACCCAAAGCAAAAAAAAUGCAGUUUAGUUGUAAAAACUAUUACAAGCUAUACUAUCCUUCAAGGAACAGUUCACCCAAACCUGAUGCUAGCUAAUGUUAUGCUAGCUCAUCCAGAAUAGUGGGGAAAAAACCUGGCAACAAGAAUGUACUGACUUGACAGUUUCUUUGAUGUAUAGGGUACCAGUCAUUACACGAUCAUUUGUCUUAGGCUAUUCAUAAGUUGUUACAUCAGUCUUGCUAGGACAUUUAGCGCAUGCAUGAUUUGAUAACAGUAUACGUGAGCAAAGAUAGUGUAUUAUUGCUAUUCAAUGUAAUCAAUGCCAAUAUUCCAACUGGAAGAUUUUUUUAUAUAUAUAUGUUCUCAUUUUAUGGAAAUGUUUGUUUGUCUUUUAUUUCACAACUUGCUUCUGUUGUGUCAAUGAAUGGGAAGUGCAAUAAAAUGCUCAGCCUGUACCAUA